GCCGGCCAGUGCUCGACCCGGUGGCGUGCUCGUUGCAUUCGCGUCGUCUGUUAUAUUCCGUCGUCGUCGGCAGCUCUAUAUCGCACACGUCCCGAGACCCCGAUUUCCCCACUCACACGACAAAAAAUUGACAGUUCACAGCAAUUGAAUGUCGCAUAAUCAUCAUAACAAUAGGAAUAUUGUGAUCUAGGUGCAACGAUUAACAAUACAUUUAUUACGGUCUAAUAUUAUAUUGUACGGCGAUAACAAUAAUUCCAGCGCAAUUUCGCCCGUAUAGUUAACGACUUUUUCAAAAUAUCUGCAGUCCGAAACGGUUAUAACUUGUACAACAGCGGCACAGCGGCGUUAUCGCUCCAACUUUGGGUGGUAAGAAACAAUGUGCCCAGCGGACACCAGCACAGUCACCUCCGACCAUAUUAUAAACUUUACCCGUUCUGCUGGAUUACAACUGGCAACAACAACGGUCUAGGUUGGUGACGAGGGAGUCACGCCAAGUUUGGUGGACUUGAAUGAUUUAAGACUAUAAUUAUAUGGUAGACAUGUGUGCGACUUCGACGUCACGGGAGCACCAUCGAAUGAUCGAAAUUGUCCGUCUCUCCGUUGCAGUCGUUGUGAUCACGUCUUUCUGUACCUUUCGAGUGAAUGGUUUCGAGCCAGAUUUUUUGUUUCCACUGGAAAACGUGACUAUUGCCCAGGGCCGAGACGCGAUAUUCACGUGUGUGGUCAACAAUAUCGGUGGUAACAGGGUGAGUGCUCCCGAAGGCGGCUUCACUUCAGCCAGGGUUGCUUGGAUUAAAGCAGAUACGAAGGCUAUAUUAGCUAUUCACGAACACGUUAUCACGAACAACGAUAGGUUGUCCGUCACGCACAAUGAUUUUAACACAUGGACACUAAAUGUUAAGACUGUUCGGAGAGAAGAUAGAGGCACUUACAUGUGUCAAGUCAAUACUGACCCAAUGAAAAGCCAAAGUGCUUUUCUAGAAGUAGUUAUACCACCAGACAUCGUAUAUGAAGACACUUCCGGAGAUAUGAUGAUCCCUGAAGGUGGUUCAGCUAAAUUAAUUUGCAAAGCUCGAGGAUAUCCUGAACCAAAGAUUUUAUGGAAAAGAGAAGACGGAGGAGAUAUAAUUGUUAGAACUGGAACUACAGUGAAAACCAAAAUGACAUCAGUUGAAGGUGAAUCAUUACUUUUAUCAAAAGUGACAAGAUCAGAAAUGGGGGCAUACCUUUGCAUUGCAGCCAACGGCGUACCGCCAUCGGUUAGCAAAAGACUGAUGCUUCACGUUCAUUUUCAUCCAUUGGUUCAAGUACCAAAUCAACUAGUGGGAGCACCUCAAAAAACAGACAUCACACUUCAAUGCUAUGUCGAGGCAUCACCAAAGUCAAUCAAUUAUUGGACAAGAGAAUCGGGAGAAAUGAUAAUAUCAAAUGAUAAGUACAAUAUGACAGAACUAACAGUUUCCUACUACAGUGCUCAGAUGAAACUGACAAUUAGAAAACUUAAAAAGUCAGAUUUAGGAGGAUACAAAUGCAUAUCGAAAAAUUCAAUUGGAGAAGCUGAAGGAAAUAUUAGAGUAUACGAAAUGGAUUUAUCUAAGCCCAGAACACCUAGCGAAGACGUUGACGAUAAUGCUAUAAAUGCGUUUGAUUCUGAAGAAGAUGAUUAUGAAAAUAGAAACACGGGACGCAAUUCUUCAAACAAUUCACCGGCGCUCAAAGAUCAAUCACACCGUUUACCUAGAUCAUCUUCAAACAUAAUACGAUACAUUGAUUUUGUUAUGUUAAUACCGAUAUUAAUGUUGAUGAAAUACUGAACUGUUAUAUUGUAUUCACAUUGAAGUAAACAAAUUUUUGGAGGUUGGCCUAUUCUAGAGGGCUUUUAUAGGCCCUCUAGUCUAUUUCAUUUAGACUAUAAUACGCAUUAUUCAUACAAUAAAUUGUAUUAUGUUACCUAUA